GCGGGAUAUAUUUCAUUCAUAGAGCACGUGUAUGGCUCGUCUUCUCUGGCAGGGGGAAGCGUGUGUGCAUAUAUCGGGUCGUAUAUCGUCGGUAUACCUCCUGCAGGUGCUCUUCUCGUCGGUAUAUACCUCCUGCAGGAGCCUCUUCUUUGUAAUGGCUACGGCAAGAGGCAGAGACGGGCUGGAGGAGAUGUCGCAGGAAGAUUUCCUGAAGGAGGCGGUGACGGCGCCCAUGUCGGAAGAUCAGCGGUGGCUCCGGCGGCCCUCCCGCCCCUACACCAGCUAUAGCCAGAGAUGGCGUGGCAACAGCAGGAAGCGUGGAGAUCGAGGCCAGGACGCCUGGAGGAGCUCAUCUUACCAGCAGGCCAGGGGAGGCUUCACGCCCUCCCAGGGGUCCAGGAGGGACGGGAUGAGACCCGGAGUGAUGAUAGCCCACGAGCCCCAUCCCAGACGGCCGCUACCUCUCAGGUCGAACCCCUCAGCCCGGCCUUUUGAGUCCAUCCUGACGUUAGGGAGUCACGAGGCUUCAACAGUAAAGGAGGGGCCCGGACGUCAGGAGGAGGGGAAGGUCAUCUUGGACAUGGAAGCGGUGGCGAACAACGCGCAGCCAGCUCAUAAGGUCAACUUUGUCCUGGGCCAACUACUGCCAGUUAAGGCAGGUCGCAAUUAUCACUUCCUUCCCGUUCAGGACCUGGCUCUCCUCCGGCGAGAUACCAUACUCAAGCUGCUGGUAGGGAUGCUGAACACUGGGGAGCGAGGGGUGGUGUACCUGGGCGUCCAGGAUGGCGGUCGAGUAGAAGGGGUCUCCUGCGAGCCCCAGAUCCUCGGUCAGUUCGUCGAGGGACUCAUGAAGAGCAUUCAGUUCUACCUGAUGCCCCGACUCCACGCCCCUCAGUACGGAGUGAGGUACACCAAUGUGUUGACAUCGAAGGAUCAGAUCCUGAAUAACGUGUGGGUGGUGGAGCUCCACGCCGUCCCCAAGAUGCAACACUACUACAACGCUGUGAUGGACAUGGAUUACCACAUCCGCCACAACACCCACACCGAGACGCUCCCCUUCCCCUCCUUCUGCAGCGCCAUCGUCGCCACCACCUCCAGGCCCUACCAGCAAGAGACGAGCAAGUUAGAGCAGAAGGUGAAGCUCCUGGAGAAGGCGCUGCAGGAGAGAGGAGUGGACAUCUCCUCUGUGGGGCCUCACGUGUGCGACAACUGCUGGUUCGCCGACUGCCCUGCACAAUGUUAUGGAAGGGCGCCUGUGGUGUGCGGCAGCAGACGCUAACGCCGAAGUCGGCUGUUAGUAAGGGUCGCAGCGAGUGAGAGACGGGUCAAUUUAGGUAUAACCCUAUGUAACACUCCCAUAUAAUGCCAGGCUACUGAUGUAAAACACUGACAAGUUCCUAUAUAACACCAUAUAACUGACUCAAGACAGUAACAAGCUCCUAUAUAAUGCCAUAUAGCUGACACCAGACUGUAACAAGCUCCUAUAUAAUGCCAUAUAGCUGACACCAGACUGUGACAAGCUCCUAUAUAAUGGCAUGCAACUGACACAAGACAGUAGGCACCAGCUCCUAUAUAAAGCUAGGCAACUGACACAAGACAGUGACAAACUCCUAUAUAAUGCCAUACAUUUGACACAAGACAGUGACAAGUUCCUAGUAACGCCAUACAACUAAGACAGUGGCCAGCUCCUGUAUAAUAACAUACAACUGACAUAAAACAAUGGGCCAGCUCCUAUACAACGACAUAAAACAAUGGGCCAGCUCCUAUACAACGACAUAAAACUAUGGGCCAGCUCCUAUACAACGACAUAAAACAAUGGGUCAGCUCCUAUACAACGACAUAAAACAAUGGGCCAGCUCCUAUACAACGACAUAAAACAAUGGGCCAGCUCCUAUACAACGACAUAAAACAAUGGCCAGCUCCUAUACAACGACAUAAAACUAUGGGCCAGCUCCUAUACAACGACAAAACAAUGGCCAGCUCCUAUACAACGACAUAAAACUAUGGGCCAGCUCCUAUACAACGACAUAAAACUAUGGGCCAGCUCCUAUACAACGACAUAAAACUAUGGGCCAGCUCCUAUACAACGACAUAAAACAAUGGGCCAGCUCCUAUACAACGACAUAAAACAAUGGGCCAGCUCCUAUACAACGACAUAAAACAAUGGGCCAGCUCCUAUACAACGACAUAAAACUAUGGGCCAGCUCCUAUACAACGACAUAAAACAAUGGCCAGCUCCUAUACAACGACAUAAAACUAUGGGCCAGCUCCUAUACAACGACAUAAAACAAUGGCCAGCUCCUAUACAACGACAUAAAACUAUGGGCCAGCUCCUAUACAACGACAUAAAACUAUGGGCCAGCUCCUAUACAACGACAUAAAACAAUGGCCAGCUCCUAUACAACGACAUAAAACAAUGGCCAGCUCCUAUACAACGACAUAAAACAAUGGCCAGCUCCUAUACAACGACAUAAAACUAUGGGCCAGCUCCUAUACAACGACAUAAAACUAUGGGCCAGCUCCUAUACAACGACAUAAAACUAUGGGCCAGCUCCUAUACAACGACAUAAAACAAUGACCAGCUCCUAUACAACGACAUAAAACAAUGGGCCAGCUCCUAUACAACGACAUAAAACAAUGACCAGCUCCUAUACAACGACAUAAAACAGUGGGCCAGCUCCUAUACAACGACAUAAAACAAUGGCCAGCUCCUAUACAACGACAUAAAACAAUGGCCAGCUCCUAUACAACGACAUAAAACAAUGGGUCAGCUCCUAUACAACUGACAUAAAACAAUGGGUCAGCUCCUAUACAACGACAUAAAACAAUGGGUCAGCUCCUAUACAACGGCAUAAAACAAUGGCCAGCUCCUAUACAACGACAUAAAACAAUGGGUCAGCUCCUAUACAACGACAUAAAACAAUGGCCAGCUCCUAUACAACGACAUAAAACAAUGGGCCAGCUCCUAUACAACGACAUAAAACAAUGGGCCAGCUCCUAUACAACGACAUAAAACAAUGGGCCAGCUCCUAUACAACGACAUAAAACUAUGGGCCAGCUCCUAUACAACGACAUAAAACAAUGACCAGCUCCUAUACAACGACAUAAAACAAUGGGCCAGCUCCUAUACAACGACAUAAAACUAUGGGCCAGCUCCUAUACAACGACAUAAAACAAUGGGCCAGCUCCUAUACAACGACAUAAAACUAUGGGCCAGCUCCUAUACAACGACAUAAAACAAUGGGCCAGCUCCUAUACAACGACAUAAAACUAUGGGCCAGCUCCUAUACAACGACAUAAAACUAUGGGCCAGCUCCUAUACAACGACAUAAAACUAUGGGCCAGCUCCUAUACAACGACAUAAAACAGUGGGCCAGCUCCUAUACAACGACAUAAAACAGUGGGCCAGCUCCUAUACAAUGGUUAUCUUUCCUCAAUUAUAACGGCUUGGUUUACUUUGAUUAAAGAGUUUAAGAACUCCAAAGCGUUACGAGGUGAUUGGUAACAAAAUAACAUUAAUAACCUCGGGUUGUGAAGUUUACCAGGUCGUAAACUUUUUUGUUGUAAAUAAUUACAUACUUAAGCCGUUAUGACUUAAGGAAAGAUGUACAGGUUUCGUGAGUUUACACACGUAAAUCCUCUGAUGAAUCUUAAGACUCAGCUGGAAGCGAAGGAGACCAUUAGCUGAGAUGAGAUAUCUGCUGCUGAGAUAGCAGCAGUGUGAUAGACUCUGAAGUUUUGAAAUAGAAAGUUUUUUGUUCAAAGUUCUACUUUUUUUCUUCGUGUUUCUAUUUUAUAUAUAAAAUCGUUUUGUGAUGAUAAACAUUGCAACGUGGAAAAGAUGCAAAAGAAUAUGUUUGACUUAUUUAAUAUUAAUUUUUAUUUUAAUUUAAAGACAACUUGCUCUAUUUACGGGGUUUACCCUCGUUUUUUUUUUAUAUCCACACUAUUUAAUUUUUUUUUAUGAAAUUAAAUGUUUUUAAUGUUCAUAUAAACAUGUGUUUAAAAAUUAUGUAAUUUU